CCGCGCCCGGCCAUGGCGGAGCCCUCGCCCGCCCGACGCCCGGUGCCCCUCAUCGAGUCGGAGCUGUACUUCCUCAUCGCCCGGUACCUCUCGGCCGGCCCGUGUCGGAGAGCCGCCCAGGUGCUGGUGCAGGAGCUGGAGCAGUACCAGCUGCUGCCGAAGAGGUUGGACUGGGAGGGCAACGAGCACAGCAGGAGCUACGAGGAAUUGGUCUUGUCCAAUAAGCAUGUGGCUCCUGAUCAUCUGUUGCAAAUCUGCCAGCGCAUCGGUCCCAUGUUGGAUAAGGAAAUUCCACCCAGUAUUUCAAGAGUCACUUCUUUACUUGGUGCAGGAAGGCAGUCUUUGCUACGUACAGCAAAAGACUGCAGGCACACAGUUUGGAAGGGCUCUGCCUUUGCUGCUCUUCAUAGAGGAAGACCUCCUGAAAUGCCGGUGAAUUAUGGUUCCCCACCCAAUCUUGUGGAGAUACAUCGAGGAAAACAACUCACAGGGUGUUCCACUUUUAGCACAGCAUUUCCAGGAACUAUGUAUCAGCAUAUAAAAAUGCACAGAAGGAUUCUCGGACAUCUGUCAGCUGUUUACUGUGUAGCAUUUGAUAGGACAGGACAUAGAAUCUUUACAGGUUCAGAUGAUUGUUUGGUGAAGAUUUGGUCAACACACAAUGGUCGCUUAUUGUCUACAUUAAGAGGUCAUUCUGCAGAAAUUUCAGAUAUGGCAGUAAACUAUGAAAAUACAAUGAUUGCUGCAGGGAGCUGUGAUAAAAUAAUUAGAGUGUGGUGCUUGAGAACUUGUGCCCCAGUUGCUGUGCUCCAAGGGCACACGGGAUCCAUUACAUCUUUACAGUUUAGCCCAAUGGCCAAGGGCUCUCAAAGAUACAUGGUUUCUACUGGUGCUGAUGGGACAGUUUGCUUUUGGCAGUGGGAUUUAGAAUCCCUGAAAUUCAGCCCGCGUCCCCUGAAGUUCACUGAAAAGCCUAGACCAGGUGUUCAAAUGCUUUGUUCUUCUUUUAGUGUUGGUGGUAUGUUUUUAGCCACAGGUAGUACUGAUCAUGUAAUCAGAAUGUAUUUUUUGGGUUUUGAAGCACCUGAAAAAAUAGCAGAACUUGAGAGCCACACUGAUAAAGUUGAUAGUAUUCAAUUUUGUAACAAUGGUGAUCGGUUCUUAAGUGGUAGCAGAGAUGGAACAGCACGUAUCUGGCGAUUUGAGCAGUUAGAAUGGAGAAGCAUUUUAUUGGAUAUGGCUACCAGAAUCUCAGGGGACUUAUCUUCCGAAGAGGAAAGGUUUAUGAAACCCAAAGUAACAAUGAUAGCUUGGAAUCAGAAUGAUAGUAUUGUUGUCACAGCUGUGAAUGAUCAUGUCCUCAAAGUGUGGAAUUCUUAUACCGGACAGCUGCUUCAUAACUUACUGGGACAUGCUGAUGAAGUAUUUGUUUUGGAGACACAUCCCUUUGAUUCCAGAAUUAUGUUAUCUGCAGGACACGAUGGCAGCAUAUUUAUAUGGGAUAUUACAAAAGGCACCAAGAUGAAACAUUAUUUUAAUAUGAUUGAAGGACAAGGACAUGGAGCUGUAUUUGACUGUAAGUUUUCACAAGAUGGACAGCAUUUUGCCUGCACAGAUUCUCAUGGGCAUCUUUUGAUAUUUGGUUUUGGAUGCAGCAAGCCAUAUGAAAAGAUUCCUGAUCAGAUGUUCUUCCAUACUGACUAUCGACCACUGAUUAGAGAUUCUAAUAAUUAUGUGUUAGAUGAACAAACUCAGCAGGCUCCUCAUCUUAUGCCUCCACCAUUCUUGGUAGAUGUAGAUGGAAAUCCUCAUCCAACUAAGUAUCAGAGAUUAGUGCCAGGCCGAGAGAAUUCCGCAGAUGAACAUUUGGUUCCACAGCUAGGCUAUGUGGCAACAAGUGAUGGAGAGGUAAUCGAACAAAUUAUAAGCUUACAAACCAAUGAUAAUGGUGAACGAAGCCCAGAGUCCAGUGUUCUUGAUGGAAUGAUAAGAGAGUUGCAGCAGCAGCAAGAUCAGAGAAUGGGAGCAGGUCAAGAUACUAUUCCAAGUGGACUUCCAAAUGGGGAAGAAACACCUCGAAGAGGUUUUAGAAGACUAAGCUUAGACAUCCAUUCCCCUCCAAAUAUUGGUCUGCGUCGUAGUGGACAAGUUGAAGGUGUUCGUCAGAUGCAUCAGAAUGCUCCACGUAGUCAGAUUGCUACAGAACGUGACCUGCAGGCUUGGAAACGAAGAGUGGUUGUACCAGAGGUACCACUAGGCAUAUUUAGGAAGUUGGAAGACUUCAGAAUAGAGAAAGGUGAAGAGGAAAGAAAUCUUUAUGUAAUUGGAAGAAAAAGGAAGACUCUCCAGCUCUCACAAAAGUCUGAUUCGGUUGUUAUGAUGUCCCAGUCUAGGCAGAGGACAUGUAGACGUAAAUAUCCAAAUUAUGGUAGAAGAAAUCUUGGACGGCUUGAGUUAUCUUCUGAGAAUGAAUCUUCAAGCUCUGUAAGACAUGAGACUUCCUGUGAUCAAAGUGAAGGUUCUUGUUCUUCCGAAGAGGAAGAAUGGAAAAGUGAUAGAAGAAGUGAAAGUGACAGUGAAAGUUCAAGUGACUCUUCCUCUAGAUAUUCUGAUUGGACAGCUGAUGCAGGCAUCAAUUUGCAGCCUCCUUUACGAACAUCAUCUCGUCGGCGGAUUACCCGAUUUUGCAGUAGUUCAGAGGAUGAAAUGUCUACUGAGAAUUUAUCUCCUCCAAAAAGGAGACGAAAGAGGAAGAAAGAAAAUAAGCCUAAAAAAGAGAACUUGAGGAGGGUGACUCCAGGAGAGCUUGCAAAUAUGGAACAUUUAUAUGAAUUUCAUCCUCCAGUUUGGAUAACUGAUACCACACUUCGAAGGUCUCCUUUUGUUCCUCAAAUGGGUGAUGAGGUAAUAUAUUUUCGUCAGGGUCAUGAAGCUUAUAUUGAGGCUGUCAGAAGAAAUAACAUUUAUGAACUGAACCCUAACAAGGAGCCUUGGAGAAAAAUGGAUCUCAGGGAUCAAGAAUUGGUCAAAAUAGUUGGAAUACGAUACGAAGUUGGGCCCCCUACACUCUGUUGCCUCAAACUAGCAUUUAUAGAUCCUGCAACUGGAAAACUUACCGACAAAUCUUUCUCUAUUAGAUAUCAUGACAUGCCAGAUGUUAUUGACUUUCUUGUAUUGCGUCAAUUUUACGAUGAAGCAAGACAGAGGAAUUGGCAGUCUUGUGACAGGUUCCGUUCUAUCAUUGAUGAUGCUUGGUGGUUUGGAACGGUGCUAAGUCAAGAGCCUUAUCAGCGACAGUACCCUGAUAGUCAUUUCCAGUGUUACAUUGUUAGGUGGGACAAUACUGAAAUUGAAAAACUUAGCCCAUGGGACAUGGAACCGAUUCCUGAUAAUGUUGAUCCCCCUGAAGAAUUAGGAGCUAGUAUUUCCGUCACUUCAGAUGAGCUAGAGAAAUUGCUGUACAAACCAGAAGAUGGUGAAUGGGGUCAGAAAUCAAGAGACGAAGAAUGUGAACGAAUUAUUAGUGGUAUAGAUCAACUUUUGAAUCUCGAUAUAGCAGCAGCUUUUGCAGGUCCAGUUGACCUAUGUACGUAUCCGAAGUACUGUACUGUGGUAGCUUAUCCAACUGAUCUUUACACAAUUCGAAUGAGACUUGUUAAUCGAUUUUACAGGAGGCUAUCUGCAUUAAUUUGGGAAGUGAGAUAUAUAGAACAUAAUGCCAGAACAUUUAAUGAACCUGAGAGUGUAAUUGCAAGAUCAGCUAAGAAGAUAACUGACCAACUUUUAAAAUUUAUCAAGAAUCAAGACUGUACAAAUAUCUCUGAACUUUCUAACACUUCUGAAAAUGAUGAACAAAAUGCCGAGGAUUUGGAUGAUAGUGAUCUUCCUAAAACAUCUUCUAGAAGAAGGAGAGUCCAUGAUUGGAAAAAAAGUAUCAAAGCAGUCAACUAUGUUGAAAGCAACUGGAAGAAACAGUGUAAGGAAUUAGUGAACUUAAUUUUUCAGUGUGAAGAUUCUGAACCUUUUAGACAACCUGUUGAUUUGGUUGAAUAUCCAGACUACCGAGAUAUUAUAGAUACUCCAAUGGAUUUUGGAACAGUAAGGGAAACUUUAGAAGCGGGAAAUUAUGACAGCCCUUUGGAAUUCUGCAAAGACAUCCGGUUGAUAUUUAGCAAUGCAAAAGCAUAUACACCGAACAAAAGAUCAAAGAUUUACAGUAUGACUUUGAGAUUGUCAGCCUUAUUUGAAGAAAAAAUGAAGAAAAUCUCCUCUGAUUUUAAACUUGGUCAGAAAUUCAAUGAAAAACUUCGAAGAAGCCAGAGGUUCAAGAGACGGCGAAAAUGUAAUCGUGUCAGUCAGGCUAACAGAAGUAUCAGAAAUAUCAAGCAGAAGCGGUCAAAAUCUCAGACGAAAGUAAUUCCUGAGUUGAUAGGUUCUCCUACCCAGUCUACCUCAAGUAGGGCUGCUUAUUCUGCAAGCCACAAGAUGAGUGCUAGUCUCUCUUCGGGUGUUACAUCUGGUAACUCUUCAGAUUCAGCAGGAUCAUCAGAAAGAAUGAGAAGAAAUAGACCUGUCACUCUAACAAAUGGCUCUACAUUAUCUGAAAGCGAAAUGGAAGAUUCGUUAGGUACCUCUUCAUCAUCUUCAGCUUCACAUAGUUCAGAGGAAAGCAAAGAGAGUUUAAGAGCUCGUGAACCCUCUUUACGUAGUGGGCUGGCCAGAAACAGCAAUCUCAGGGUGACCAGAACCAGAGCAGCUCAAAGGAAAACUGGUCCUGUUUCUUUAGAAAAUGGAUGUGGCCGAAAAGCCACUCGAAAGAGAGUCUAUUUAAGUGACUCUGAUAACAAUUCAGUGGAGACUGCUGAAAGUUUAAAAGCCAGAGCUAGAAAUAACCGGAAAGUUCUACGAAAGUGUGCUGCUGUGGCUGCCAAUAAGAUAAAGUUAAUGAGUGACGUAGAGGAGAAUUCUAGCUCUGAGAGUGUCUGUUCUGGCCGCAAGCUGCCUCACCGCAAUGCUUCUGCCGUAGCUAGAAAAAAGUUACUACAUAAUUCUGAAGAUGAUCAGAGCUUAAAGUCAGAAAUUGAAGAAGAGGAGCUAAAAAAUCAAAAUCACGCAUCACCAUUGUCCACUUCUCAUGCUGCCCAGAGUACUGGCAGUGAAUCUGAAGACGGCGAUUCAGAGUCAGAAAGUGAUCUACGGGUAGCCCGGAAAAAUUGGCAUGCUAAUGGUUACAAGUCCUAUACUCCAGCAACUUCUAAAACAAAAUUUCUUAAAAUAGAGUCUUCUGAGGAAGACUCUAAAAGUCAUGAUUCAGAUAAUGGACAUGAUAGAACUGCUGGCCCAUCAACGUCUGGGCAGAAACUUAAGGCAGAACGCAUCUCAGAAGAAGAGGAGGAAGCAGAUUCUGAACCAAGAAAAUACAUUGGUAGGAAAUACAACGCAAGUCGCAAGAACGCUACUUUCCUUAAAAAAGCAAAGAUCUUCAGUGAUUCAGAGGACUCUGAAUCUGAAGAACAAGAUAGAGAAGAUGGCACAUGUCACAAAAUGGAAACAAACCAGAUUUCAGGGAAUUUGAAGUGUGAAUCUAUUGCUGGGUCCCAGUGUUUCUCAGAUCAUGUAUCUGAAACUGAUGUGGAUUCAGACGAUGACAAGACAAAACAAAAAUCAAGCAGUUCUACGAAAGAUUCUACAUCACAAGACCAUGGACAAAGCAGAAAAGUUUCCAGAAAAAGGGUCUGUUCCAGUGACUCAGACAGCAAUUCAAAAGUGGUUAAGAAAUCACCAAAAGCCAAAACAGGUCUCCAAAGGAUUCCUCGAAGAUGUGCAACCACCGCUGCCAGUAAGAUUAAGCUCAUGAGUGAUGUGGAAGAUGUUAGUUUAGAAAAUGUGUGUACUAGAAGCAGAAAUGGAAGGAAAAGGCUCCAUUUUGCAUCUAUGACAGCUAAGAAGAUAGUGAGUGAUUCUGAGGGAGAUGGAAACUGUGAAGUGCCAAAUGAACAGUAUGCCUGUGAAAGGAAGCCACCAGAAGCUGACUCAGAAGGUAGUACAAAAAGUAUUCACCAGUCUUUAAAUGGAGACUCGGACUCCGAAGGUAUUUUAAAUUCAGAACACAAGAACAGGCACACCAGUCGUCACAAAACAAAUGUUGCACCUUCUAAAACAAAGAAUUCUAUGAUUGGGUCUUCAGAGGAAGAUUCAAAAAGCCAUAUUCCAGGGGGUGAGAUUGGUAGAAAAUUUUCUUCUGAGUCAACUUUGGUGCAAAAAACUACUGCAGAGAAUAACUUUGAAGAGGAACUGAAUUACGGGCUGCGCAGGUGGAAUGGCAGAAGACUCAGGACCUAUGGGAAGGCUCCUUUCAGUAAGACAGAAGUUAUUCGUGAUUCUCAGGAAGCAGCCGAGACGGAAAUAAAAAGGAAAAGACUGCAUCCUGAAUUGGAAAAUGUGAAAAUUUCUGAAACAACAGGGAGUUCAAAGUGUGGACCUGACACUAGUCCCAAAUCUGAUUCAGAUUUGGGAUCUGUAACUGAAUCAGAUGUUGACUGUACUGAUGAUACAAAAACCAAAAAGAGGAAAAUGAGAGGAAAAGCAAAAGUAGUUAGAAAAGGUAAAACUUUUACAGCUAACAUAUCUAAAACUGUGAGACGACAAAGACAAAGCAAACGUCCUAGGUUAAAUUUGGAUGAUAAUGACUGGGAGGAUUUGGACUAUGCAAAAUCUAAGAGAGUUCUCCGACGUUCAAAAAUAAAAACGAGAAAUCAGGGUAGAAGGACCGUGAGAUACCAUGAUGGGGAUGAUGAUAGAAGCUUAGAAAAUGUGUUAGAUUUUGAUGAUUGCACCUUAUGACCUUGAGGGAAAACCAGUUCAUUUAGAGGAAAUGGACUGGAAUUUAUGGUGAAAGUUGGCUGUUGAAAUUAUUUGUGUCCUACAAUUCAGGGAAUAUAUUUAUAUUUUUCUAUGAAAAGUUAUGAAUGUGACUAAAUCAUGACUGUUAUUUUUAUUUGCACUUGCUUGCCUUUGUAGCAGCUUUCAGCACAGGUGCCAAAAUAUGCUUCAUUUUGGGGGCAGAUCUACUUUGACAGUAUUUAACUACAUAUAGCAAGAUUUUGAAAUAUGUUAAACACUAAAUAUCCUGGUUAUCAAAACCAAUGAGCAUUACUUUCUUGGUAGCAAGUGUCACACAGUUAUUUUCUGAAUUCAUCAAGAGGUGGUAGUUUCUAACCCCAGCUCUAUUGUAGUGUAACAAUUUUAUGUGACCUAUGUUUACAGAUUCUCCAUGAAUAUUAUGUGCAUAAUUACAAUCAUGGGAGGUGUAACCAUGAUUAGUAGGCAAGGUACCUACCACUUUUUUUUUUUCUUUCCCUGGCUACUUGAGUAGAAUGCAUUAUACCAGAUUUAGUAAUCUUCAUUGAAAUGGUUUCCAGUUUUCUUUCCAAAUGCUGUUGAGUCUUUCUCUCUCUUUAUUUUUAAGGAAAAUAUCACUUUUAUUUUAUAAACUUGAAUUUAUAAAGUGCUGGUAAAUUAUUUUUUUUUAAUAUUUUUGAUUGUAUAUUUUAAACCGCUAAGGCCAGACCAUAGUCCUAGCAUUUUCUUUUUAAAUUGUGCACUAACAAAAUGCUAUAUAAUUU